AUGCGCUUCUUCACGAGGUUGGGGGAGGCCGCUGGUUCCCCCGGUGGCGGGGGCGAUGCGUGGGACAGGUGUGUCCUGAGGGACGCGGUGGGGGUGUUUCCCGGGUCGAGGAGGUCUUCGUCCGCGAGGGAAGAGCGGGGGGCAAGCUUGAGCUUGAUGCCGGAGAGGUCGCCCAGCGGCGGCGGCGGCGGCGGCGGCGGGCAGCGGCAGAAGCUGCUCCCCGGGGAGGGGGCAGGAUAA